CCUACAUACUAGUACCUCCUCUCAUGGGCCAUGCAUGGCAUGUAACAUAGAUGCUUAGAGCUAUAUACUUAACAACAGACGACACAGAUGGCCAGCCCAACUCACCUUCAAAACGUGCACAGUCCGUUGUUCAUGCACGUCCUUGCACUCCACCCAGCUCCUCUUCCAUUAGCACUUGAUCAUCGGGACAGCAUCAAGGAGAGGACCGGCUGCGAGCUGGGAGCGAUGGACGACGCGCUACUGCAGAUCCAAAAGGCGUUCCACCUCGCCUCGGAGCUCAUGAGGGAGCUCCCGGCCACCCAGAACGGCCCGGCCUACCUCGCCGAGCGCUGCCACGGCAUUGUCCGCGCCUACGUCGCAGCCAUCGGCAUGUUGCACCCGCACGGUGCGGACGUGGCGGCACCGCCGGCUCAUCCCUUCGCCAGCGAAGGUGCAAGCUACCGCCCUCAGCUGGAUCUCGUCCGCCCGUUCCUAGGUGCUCCUCCGCAGCUGGGGCACCUGCUGGAGUGGCCGUUCCACACGAACGUGCUCGGCGCGCGAGCACCGGAGAUGUGCGCCGGAGCGGACGGCACAGGUACGUCGGGCGGCUCGGUGAGGCGGCAGUCCCGGUCGCCGCCGGUCCAGCCUCGGCAGGGCAGGAGGAGGAGGGAGAGUGGGGAGAGGAUGACGGUGAUGGUUCCGGCGCAGCGGACGGGCAACACGGAUCUGCCACCCGACGACGGGUACACGUGGCGCAAGUAUGGACAGAAGGAUAUCCUCGGCUCCCGACAUCCCAGGAGCUACUACAGGUGCACACACAAGAACUACUACGGAUGCGAGGCCAAGAAGAAGGUGCAGCGCCUGGACAACGACCCAUUCGUGUACGAGGUCACCUACUGCGGCAACCACACCUGCCUCACCUCCACAACGCCGCUCCUCACCCUCCCCUCCGUUGCCGCCUCAACCGCAGCGACCAACACCGUGACAAAUUCCCCUUCUGGCUCGGCAGCAAUCGUCACCCCAGACCUCGUCAUGACGGCCUCCGAGCAUCCUACACCAGCGCUAUCCACGUCCAUCCAACUCGGGUUCAGCUGGAUGCCGUCAAGCCUCGUUGGAGCUGGCAGUACCGAUGGCGGCGAGGGAAGCAGCGCCCAGGUGAACGUGCCCACCGCCUCAGGGAGGGACACGGAAUACCCGGUGGUGGACCUCGCCGACGUCAUGUUCAAUUCCGGCAGCAGCGGGGGCAGCAGCAUGGAUGCCAUCUUCUCUGCUCACGAUCGACGUGAUAGCUAGAGAUGCAUGGAUUUCUAUCUGCAUCACACAGGAUCAAUCUCAUGUCCGAUACUUGAUUCAAUUUUGAUGUAGUGAGGUCAUGGAUCAUGAUCAUUCAUGACUAUUUAACUUGUCCCUGUAGGUGUAGGUAUGGUAUGUAUGUUCAAGUUUAUCUUUCUUUAGCCACUUAAAAUAUUACAUCCCAGUUAGUUCGGUCGUCCUAGCUAAGCAAUGCUAAUAAAGGUGCUCACAGGUAUACAAAGGGCGAGUCUAGAGGAUAUGAAUCAAAUUAACCCCUUGUAUAUUAUGAAGCAGCAUUUGUAUUUGUGUAACUCUAAAACUUUCGAGUUUUACUCAGGCUAGAAACUUACAACGGAAGUUCAUGUUUC